AUGUUCGAUUUUACACUGAACAAUCCAGCAGUACAAUCGUAUAUUGUCUAUUCCGCAAUAUUAGCAGUGAAGCUGAUGGCCUUGGCCCCAAUAACCGCUACGGUGCGUGUCUGGCGCGGGUCGCUCUUAAACCCAGAGGAUGCAAAAAUAGUGAGAGGAAAGGUGAAGCACGACGACCCAGUUGUAGAAAGAAUACGACGGGCACACCUCAACGAUUUGGAGAACAUACCGGUUUUCUGGGUGCUAGGGGCGCUGUACUUGACCACUGGACCAGUGACUGCUUGGGCUACUCUACUCUACCGCGUAUUUGCUGUCUCCCGCAUCAUACAUACUAUCGUGUACAUUAUCAUUCCACUGCCUCAGCCGGCAAGAGGCCUUACCUUCGCAGUAGCACUUUUGAUUAACGUCUACAUGGCUGUUCAAGUUAUAAUGCACUACAUCACUGCUAUAUAG